AUGCAUUCUUCCGUUUUAUUUAUAAAUGUUAAUGCGAAAGAAAAUGUUUCACGUAGACAUUCGUUAUCGCACGAUUCGCCUAAUGAGAAAUUUACCGGACAAUCGAAUCCACGAAGUCGCGUAUCAGUUGAUCAUUUAAUUGAAUCGUUUCGUAGCAAUAUUCAAAUAUUCUUAAAAUACUUAAUCGACGUUGAAAUUUCUAUCGUUAAAAUAUUUUUUUAUGAUAAACAAAUCGAUGAUCUGCUCUCAUUGCUAAUUGAUCGAACAGCCGAUACGAUAAAAGAUGCUUUACUAACGGCGAUAUAUAUCGGAAGUUUACCAAUUGUUGAACUUAUAAUUUCUUUAUUUUCUGACUAUCCAGGCGAAGAGCAAACAGGAUGCAAGAAUUCGAAUUCGUUUCAACCACAUAUAACGCCUUUAAUGCUUGCAUGUAUUUGCAAUAAUUUCGCUAUAACCGAAUAUCUUCUUUUACGCGGUCAUGAAAUCGUUCUGCCUCAUCGUUGCGAUUGCCGAUGCAAAGAAUGCAGGCGAGAGACUAAAAAUCUUUUAAGUACAAUAAUCAAACUGGAUACAUAUAGAGCGAUUUCAAGUGAACCGUUUCUUUGGUUGGCUUGUUCGGAUCCAUUACUGGCCGCAAAUAGUUUAGCGCAUGACCUCGAAGUUUGUGAGCGAAUCGAAGUUGAACAUAAAGUCAUUUACAAUCGUCUAAAGCAACAAGUAAUUGCAUUUAGCGUAAAAUUAAUUGAAAAUUGUUGGAAUGUGCAAGAAGUUGAUUUAUUGUUGAGAAGAAAAGAUGGAGCUACAUUAUGUCAAUGUGAAUUAUAUUAUCCCCGAGUUCGAGUCGCGCUUGAUUCACAUAUGAAAAGUUUUUUGGCGAGUUUAAAUGUUCAAACUCAAAUUCGCGAAUAUUGGUACGGUCGCUGGAAUGAUUAUGGAGAAAAUGCGUUAAUCAAUUUUGCUAGAUUACUUGGACAUACAAUAUUUUACCCAAUAUUAUCAGUGAUAUAUAUUUUAUCAGCUGGAAAGUUGAUCGAAUCCUUUAACUACCCCAUUGCAAGAUUCAUUAGUCGGCUGACGAGCUAUAUUGUCUUUCUUUGUAUCUUAGUGAUAAUUCGUGUUAGCGGAUGGGCUGGUGAUAGUGCGGCUAAUCGUUCCCAUACAGAAAAUCCAAUCAAAUUUUUUCUCGAAUGUUAUAUUUAUAUAUAUUUCUAUGGUAUGGUGGUAUCACAUUAUUGCGAUUUUUGUAAUCAUGGUUUAGCAAGAUAUUAUGAAAUGUGGUGGAGAUGGUAUGAUUUAUUACUUUUAUGGCUGUUUUCUGGUUCAUUUUUUUGUUGGAUUAUGUCAAUGGCAACGGUAGCACAAGAUGGUAUUGCCGUAUUACAUCGAAGACAUUGGGUCCAAUAUGAUUUUGCGUUGAUUUACGAGAUUUGCUUCGGUAGUGCAUGUAUUAUGGCAUUUUGGCGAAUUUUUUAUUUUAUGCAAUUACAACGUUCAAUUGGUUCGACUAUUAUUUCGAUUGGAAAAUGUGCGAGUGCUGUUGUUCUUUUUAUAAUAAUAAUGUUCGUUGUAAUGCUUUGUUUUGGUUUUGGUAUUAAUACAAUAUUUGAAUCGUAUACGAAUAAUGAAAUGAUCGAUUCAGAUGGACAAAUUGUAAAAAUGAAAAGUUCCUUUUCCAACAUCGUUAUAACAGUUCGAAAUUUAUAUUGGUCGUUAUAUGGUUAUUUGGCACCUUGGGAUUAUGCAUUGGUGGUUGGAAAUGCUGGACCACAGCAGGAUAUUAUGCAUCAUUAUAUCACUGUUGUGACUGGUGAAUUUAUUGUCGCUGCUUAUCAUAUAACUUUAGUUAUAAGUUUAUUGAAUUUAAUGGUAUCAUUGCUUAUCCAAACUGCUGAUCGAGUUUUGAAAAACGAAGACUGUGAAUGGAAAUACACUCGUUUACAUAUAUAUUUCGAAUAUUUUGAAUGGUACUCACCUUUACCACCGCCAUUUAAUAUUGUAUUUUUAUUAAUAAAUAGUAUCUAUCGAAUUGUGCAUAAAGAAUAUAAAUUUGUAUUCCCCGUGAGUUAUUAA